UGGGGCGGGGUCUAUCUGCCUCCCAGCCAAUGGCAAAGGGUGUAGACUGGCGCGCGCGUGCUGCGAGUUCCAGUUCCGGCGGGUUGGCGGCGGCGCCGCCUCAGGGCCAUGGAUCCCGCCGAGGCCGAGUUCCUGGCCGAGAAGGAGCUGGUGACCGUCAUCCCCAACUUCAGCCUGGACCGGAUCUACCUCAUCGGGGGGGAUUUGGGUCCCUUUAAUCCUGGCUUGCCUGUGGAAGUGCCUCUUUGGCUAGCUGUUAACCUAAAACAGAGACAGAAGUGUCGGCUAAUACCUCCUGAAUGGAUGGAUGCUGAAAAGCUGGAGGAAAUCCGGGAUCAGGAACGCAAAGAGGAUACUUUCACUCCAAUGCCCAGUCCCUACUACAUGGAACUAACUAAGUUGCUGUUAAACUAUGCCUCAGACAGCAUCCCGAAAGCAGAUGAAAUCCGAACACUGGUUAAGGAUACCUGGGAUACGCGGAUAGCUAAACUGCGGCUGUCUGCGGACAGCUUUGUCAGACAGCAGGAGGCCCAUGCCAAGCUGGAUAAUCUGACCUUGAUGGAGAUCAACACCACUGGGACUUUUCUUACUCAAGCCUUAGAUCACAUGUACAAGCUACGCACAAACCUUCAGCCGGCUGAGAGUGCCCAGUCCCAGGAUUUCUAAGAUGUCUUCUGACAAUCUAAAACCCUCAUGGGAUGAGGCAAAGUAGUAGGAGGACUCUGCCCUCUGGACACUAUUAAUGAGUCCUAAUGCAACUUGCCUUAUGCUGUUUUUAUGCCUUAAAUACCCUGUAUAGGUCUCUGCUAAAAACCAUGCAAGUCUUAUACAUUUCCUGUCAAUUGUAUCUAA